GCGAGAGGCUCAACUGUCAGUCAGAGCUGGAGGAGCGGGAGGGAAAGUAAACACGCUCGAGCCGGGCUAACUUCAGCAGCAAAACAACUGAUAUCAGCACGGUGUGCGGCAACAGCGGACAACAGCGUGCGCGCGACAUAACACGAAAAAAUGUCCCAGCAGGCAGUGAAUGGUGUCCCGCAGCGGGGCAAAGUGCUAACUCUGGACAGCAUGAACCCCAAUGUGAAGAAGGUCGAGUACGCGGUGCGAGGUCCCAUAGUGCAGCGGGCGGUGCAGAUAGAGAGGGAGCUGAAAGAGGGUGUCAAGAAACCUUUCACAGAAGUCAUCAAGGCUAACAUUGGCGACGCCCAUGCUAUGGGACAGAAACCAAUUACAUUUCUAAGACAGGUCUUGGCUUUGUGUUCUUACCCAGAUCUCCUGGAAGACAACAAGUUUCCAGAGGAUGCCAAGCAAAGAGCACGGCGAAUUCUUAAUGCAUGCGGAGGCCACAGCAUAGGGGCCUACAGUGCAAGCCAGGGCAUCGAGUGCAUCCGUCAGGAUGUGGCACGCUACAUUGAGAAGAGAGAUGGUGGGAUUCCCUCCAAUCCUGACAACAUCUACCUCUCUACUGGGGCCAGUGAUGCCAUUGUGACCAUGCUGAAGUUGCUGGUGCGCGGCGAGGGUCGUGACCGUACAGGAGUGAUGAUAUCCAUCCCACAGUAUCCUCUGUACUCUGCAGCUGUGGCAGACCUUGGCGCCGUGCAGGUCAGCUACUACCUGGAUGAGGACAAGUGCUGGAGUCUGGAUGUGGCUGAGCUCAGGAGAGCUCUCAAUGAAGCCAGGCAGCACUGCAAUCCCCGAGUCCUCUGUAUUAUCAACCCUGGAAACCCUACUGGUCAGGUCCAGAGCAGACAGUGCAUUGAAGAUGUGAUCCGAUUUGCCAAAGAAGAGCAUCUCUUCCUUAUGGCAGACGAGGUCUACCAGGAUAAUGUGUACGCAGAGGGCUGCAAGUUUCACUCUUUUAAGAAGGUGUUAUUUGAGAUGGGACCGGAGUAUUCCAGCACAGUGGAGAUGGCUUCCUUUCACUCCACCUCCAAGUGCUACAUGGGAGAGUGUGGAUUCCGCGGCGGAUACAUGGAGGUGAUUAAUAUGGACCCGGAAGUGAAGGCCCAGCUCACCAAACUGGUGUCAGUGCGUCUGUGCCCCCCGGUCCCUGGUCAGGCUCUCCUGGACCUGGUGGUCAACCCUCCUCUGCCUGACGAGCCCUCCUACACCACAUUUAUGAAGGAGCGGACAGCAGUGUUAGCAGCUUUAGCAGAGAAGGCCCAGCUUACAGAGCAGAUCUUCAACACGGUACCCGGCAUCACCUGCAACCCUGUGCAAGGGGCCAUGUACACCUUCCCCCGCAUCACUCUACCUCAAAAGGCCAUCGACAAGGCAAAGGAGGAUGGUGUCAUCCCAGACAUGUUUUACUGUAUGAGGCUGCUGGAGGAGGAGGGAAUCUGCCUGGUGCCAGGAAGCGGCUUUGGCCAGCGAGAGGGAACCUUUCACUUUAGGAUGACCAUCCUGCCUCCCACAGAGAAGCUGAAGGUUGUCCUGCAGAAAAUCAGUGAUUUCCACCAGCGGUUUACUAAAGAGUUUUCGUAACAAUCUCUCGACUACAGCUCAAGAACCGUCUCAUUCAGUGCCAGCAUCUCCCAGUGCCUUAAAGUGAGGGAGGUGACAUCUAAAUAUCAUCUUCUCCACUAUAAAAAUAUCUCUUUUUAAAACUCACACGACAUUUUCCCGUUUAACAACAGGCAUGUCAGAUUUCUCACUUGUGUACAUAUGGCAUGUAAAGAUGAUGGACUUUGGUAUGUGAUGCACUUUCCCAAACUCUUGAAAGGCCAUGUUUUAAUAUUCAUAGAGAUUAUAUAGCGCUCAUUGUAUGUAGUAAUAGGAUUAUAGAUGCUGCUACAGGAACAUCGACUCUCCUGCCAGGACUUAGAGCCAGACUAGUGAUGACUACUUGAUAAACUUGACAUGCUGUAAAAGGAAAUUGUAUUACUAAUGUUUAAAUUGUUCUGAAAUGUGAUUAAACUCUUGAAUUUCUAAA